AACCACCAUCCACUCUGUCAUAGUUAGAAGGAGUGUUGUAGCUGUCACUUGUGCAGCACAACUUAGUCUCUCUCUCUCUCUCUCUCUCUCUCUUCCUUCAAACUUCAAAACCUAAUAAAACUAUUCAUUUUCGAAAUAGAAAAACACAAUUUCACUCACAAAACUGAAACUCUUUCUCUCUCUAAAAUGGAUGCAACCAACUCAACCGACUAUGAAUCCUGACCUACUUCGCCGGCAUUGCUACUCCCAAUGGGAAAGCACGGAGAUGAACAACAGCACCACAUCAACGGUCUACCUUCCGCCGUCGCCGGCGACGAGGAUACGCCGCUGGUGAAGAAAUGGAAGAAACUCAGAUGCAUUAUCGUCUUGCUGUUCUCCGCUGCUGUGUUCCUCUCUGCCGUUUUCUGGUUACCUCCUUUUGUUCAUUACGCAGAUCAGAAGAAUCUUCACUUCAAUUCCAAGUAUAAAGGUCAUGAUAUUGUUGCAAGCUUAUAUGUUAAAAAGCCAGUUUCUUUGCUAGAAGAUAACAUUUUGCAGCUUUCCGAUGACAUUUUUGAAGAGAUAGGGCUUCCCUCUACCAAAGUGAAAAUCUUGUCUCUAGAUCCCUUACCUGCAUCAAUUAUAACAAAGGUUGUGUUUGCAGUUGAUCCUGACGGAAAAUAUUCAGAAAUGUCUCCAGCUUCCAUUAGUUUAAUAAGAGAAACAUUUAAAUACUUGGUUAUGGGCCUAUUAAAUCUCCAGCUCACUCCAUCCUUGUUCGGUACACCCUCCUUUUUUCAAGUGCUGAAAUUUAAGGGAGGCAUCACUAUAAUUCCACAACAGAAUGCGUUUCCUCUGCAGACAGUGCAAACACUAUUCAAUUUUACUUUGAAUUUCUCCAUUUAUCAACUACAAUCAAAUUUUGGUGAGCUGACAAGUCAGCUUAAGUCUGGACUACAUUUGGCAUCUUAUGAGAACUUGUAUGUCAUCUUAUCAAAUUCUGAAGGCUCUACUGUUGCUGCUCCUACUAUUGUUCAAUCGUCUGUCCUACUUGCAGUUGGGAUUACACCAUCAACGGAGAGGCUAAAGCAAUUGGCACAAACCAUCAUCGAACAUCAUUCAUGGAACCUCGGGUUGAAUAACACUGAAUUUGGUAGGGUUAAGAAGGUCCGUCUUUCAUCCAUUUUGCAACACUCCCUUCAUGGCAGUGGUUCUGUUCCGUCACCUUCCCCUGCCCCUUUGCCUCAUCCACACCGCAGCCACCACCAUCGCCCCCAUAAUCAUCGCCACAAUGCUCAUAUAUUGCCUGCAAUUUCACCUGCACCUGAAACUGAGGAAGGUGCAACUCCACCUAAUGUUGGUUCUCCUAAUACUGCAAGAAGUGUGCCUGCUCCAAGGCGAAGUUAUCACGCUCAGCCUCCUAAUUGUCAAUUUGGGUAUUAUAGAAAGAGGUCUACCCAGAAAGCUCAGAAACAGGUUCAUCUAACACCUGCAGUUUCUCCUACUAUUACUCCACACAAUCCUGUUGCCUCACCAAAGUCCCCCGUAGGUGCCCCAACACAUGUCUCUUAUCCAGUUCCUGCUUUGAGUCCUUUAUCAAAUGUAGCAUUUGCACAUAAUGGACCCCAUACUAAGAUUGAACCAUCA